AUGACCGGCACUACUCAUGCCAGUAGUGUUGCUUUCAACAACCAUCAUGAUGGCAAUAAUGUGCAAAGCAUUCAUGCUACGGCUGUUCCUGUAACCCCGCAACAACAACAACUCUCCUUCCAAUUUAAUCCUAUGGAGCAAGCAAAUCAUCUAAAGCGUAAAAAGCAUCUCCAAAUUGAUGAUAAUGUAAACUCAUCGCUCGAAGAAGACUCAAAUUGUAAUGACAACUGUAGUAGUCCUUUAGGACAUUCUGCAGUGACAAUGACCAUGAUGAACAUUUCGAAUGGCCUUGAUGUGCAAGAUGAACCUGCUCCUAAAAAGGUUAAAUUACAUUCCAACUUGAAUCAUUUGGUAGAUUCAGCUCUUGGCGAGAUGAUGCAAGACGAAACCAUUAAUGGCUCGUUUGAUCAUGAUAUGAAUCAUCUAGAAAAAGGUUUGCCAAGCCAUUCAUUUAAGGAUUCCACAAUGUCAUUGAAACCAUCAGCUCUAGACAUUGAACAAGCGGCAUCAGCAGCGAUUAUUCCAUCCAUCAACUCGUCGCACGAUAUCACGGAUCUUAAUUGUGCAACAACAAGUGGUCAACUCGUCCAAGCAAGUCCUUCAUGGGAAAUGUUACCUCAUGGCAUCCUUAUCUUUGUCAUGUCCUAUCUUUCACAACCCAUGCUGAUUCAUGCCAUGUUUGGAGUUUGCAAAAGAUGGUAUCAAAUAGCCAAGCAUUCUGUGUUGUGGAAACGGAUUGAUUUCAACAAUGGCCACUUUAAAAUCAAGAAUAUGGGUGAUGUGAUUGGCUUUCUUGAUGAUCUUACCUCUUUCAAGCUUCUUGACAUGAGAAAAGCCUAUGCAUUGGGCUCUACCAUGCUCAUGGAAUCUCUUGGAAGACUCGGUCAAAAAGAAGUCAUUUACAACAUUCAACAAUAUGAAUUUGGCCUCUCACUUCAAAAGCAAGAACAACUUGGAAUUUUCAAGAAUGGAGGAGUGUUGCUUCCUCCUAGCCAGUCACACUCGAUUCGAAUGCUUCAUCCAUUUGGAGAAAUUAUUUUACCAUCAUCAUGCAAACAGCUCCUAGCUGUCAAUUUUCAAAAGCUCUUUGAAGUUUAUCCUUCAUUGACAAAAUUAGUACUUCCCAUGUGCUCAUCGGUAUCUGCUUCAGAAAAUGGAUCGAUUCAUACAUUGGCACAUGUACAGGGUGACAGAGUUCAGUUCAAUCAAGAUGAUGUCGAGCAAAGUAUUACAGACUCUGCACUUUUGCAAAUAGCUCAAUUUCCACAUUUGCAAUCUCUCAGAAUUUCUACUCAUCACAAAUUGAGUGAUCAAGGAAUUCAUGACUUUUCACAACGUGUCCUCAAUCUUGAGGCUAUUGAAAUGGACUAUUGUUUUGGCUUGACUCAACAAUCAGUCAAGUCCCUUCUCAAGAAUUGCAAGAACAUUCGCUCAAUUUCUGCCCUCAGCACCUCAAACAUUGUAUUUCAUGAACAGGAUCUCAUUGAAUUAGGCCAAUAUGGAGCAAACUUGAGAGAGUUAAAACUUGAUGUUGCAAACAUUAGUUUUAAUGCACUCUCUUCGUUUAUUCGUGGAUGCCACAGACUUGAAUCUCUAUUCCUGAGAGGUCUAGACGGUGUUACGCAAAAAACCUUUGAUAUGAUCUUUUCAGAGCUUCGUUACUUGCGUCAACUCUCUAUUGUUUGCGAGAAUCCUGCCAGAGUUUCCACCAACAAGGUAUACUCAUGUUCCAUCAAUAGCUCCUCUCUUGAAAAAUUCCACUUUAGCGGCUCUGAAAUUUUACAUCUCACUUUUGAAUCAUGCUACAACCUUAAAAAAGUAUGUAUUGACCAAUGUAAGAACUUGAGUGGUCUUCAAAUGAUCCAAUCCCAACAAGUCAAUGAGCUAAAGCUCAAGAGUAGUAACAUUGCACAUGUGAACCUUUCGCAGUUGAUAACCUCAUUGCCAAACUUGCGAGAUUUGGAGUUGUUUGAUUGCCAAACAGGUGCUGACAACAAGACACUCUCCAUUUCUUCAAAUAUUAUGAAAAAGAUUAUUGUCUUGAUGUGUAAUGAUUUGAUGAAUCUCGAAGUGUUCUGCUCCAAACUUCACUCCAUGAGUGUUGAUUUAUGUGCCAAUAUUGAAAAGUUGAUUCUAAAGUGUCCUCGGAUGGAAAAUCUUCAAAUGUUUGCGCUUCCUCAGCCAGAAGCGACAAAACUCAAACAUUUAUUUGUGGAGAGCGACUAUUUGACCUCACUGAACUUGCAAAAGAUCAUUUCUCUUGAACAAAUUGCAACCAAAUGCAAGUCUCUCGAUUCUCUUAACAUGGCAAACCUUCAUCAAUUGAAAAGAUUAGAGCUUGGACCUUGUCCCAAACUUGAAAAACUUGCUGUUGGAAGUGUUUUUCUUCCAUUUGAUGAACGCCUUGUUGGUAAUAUUAUCAACAAGUGCCCAAAUAUUAGCAUGUUGAGCAUCUCCAAUAAUGUUAGUCUCAAUGAUUAUGCAUUGAGUCUAUUAUGCAACAGCUUGUCAAAUCUCCAGGCGCUUGUUAUUUCAAAUUGCAAUCGCAUUUCAAAUACCAACAUCUAUUCCAACGUGUUGAAAGGAGUUCAAAUUAGUGAUUGUAACAUGCUCAAGAGUUUGAAUAUUAAGAGUGAAAAGUUGAACAAGCUGUUCAUUAGAAAUUGUCCAAGCGUUGAUGAUUCUUCCUUCAACAACAUUUCUGUCAAUAGUCCCAAUAUUCGAUUCGUAGAAGUUGUGAAUUGUAACAUGCUCAACAAGCCUGUGUUUAUGUUACCAAACCUGAUUGACCUUAAUAUUAGAGAAUGUUCUCAACUUGAAAUGCCGUCAGUGAUGUCUCAAAAUUUGAAAAAGUUACUCGUUGUUUCAUGCAAAAAGUUCAAGAGUUUCAGCUUGAUGGGUAACACUAGUGGUAAUUGUAGCACUGAAAUUUUAUUCUCCGAUUGCCCAAGCUUGAACGAGGCCAUGAUUUCGAAAGAACUUUCUCAAUCUUCCGAUUAUAUUCAAACCAUUGUCUUUGACAAGUGUAAUUCACUGGUCGCUCCCAAGCUCACAAGCGGUCUCAACAGUAAUUUGAAACAUAUUCGAUUUUCUGAAUGUACCAAUCUCACCAGUCCAUGGAUUUGUGCCUCUGACAAGUUAUCAACCUUGUCAUUCCAAAAAUGUGACAAGAUGAGACUCGAAAAAGUUGGAACUCAUUUUUCUGGACAAGAUGUUGAAAACUUGGAAAUUUCUGAAUGCAAGGGUGUGGCCAAAUUGACUUGUGAUUUGCAUGUCAAGAACUUGAACGUUGUGAAUUGUACCAAUCUUACUACUCUCACGCUUUCCUCUGCAAUCCAAUCUGCUCUCAUUUCACAAUGCCCAACAUUAACCUCAGUUCAUUUUCCUGCUGAGAGUAGUGUUAGUGAGAUUACUGUUAAAGAAUGUGAUCAAUUGUCUAGCAUUCAAGUAGUAGGCCAGAAUCAAUCUUUAAAGAAAAUGAGAUUUUCCAAAUGUGCAAGACUCUCUGACAUGUGCUUGGCGUCCAUGCUGAGCAAGUGCAGUGGUCUUGAUAAGGUUAGAUUGAGUUCGUGUGGAUUAUCACGUCCAUUUAUUAGUCAUGCUCGUUUAGAAACACUUCAAAUUUCUAGAUGUCAAUACCUCGAAAGAAUGACUUUAAAGUGUCAUCAACUUGCUACCCUCAAACUUUGUGACUGUCAUGCUUUGACUUCGGUCAAUUUCGCUGAGACUUCCCCAGAGCUCAAGAAUGUAACAUUGCAUGGUUUGUCUGUCAGUGCAUCUGAUAAGGAACUAUUGAUGAAGCAUUCAAGCUCCUCAGUUGUCUCUAGAAGAAAAUAA